AAAGGAAAUCAGUCGUCCGGUCAGUUAGAAACUUGUCGGCAAAAUGGAGGAGAACGAGUCGCAAAAAGUUGACCAAAGAUUUGAAUUCUUAGAGAAGUGCGUGUCGAAAGCGUUUAAUGUGAAGUCUGACCGCUGGCAGAAAUGUGUUGCCACAGAGGAGCAUCGCCAGCUCAUUCAGGACUUUCUGGAUAAACCUGAACACAAGACUCUGGUUGUAUCGUUAAACUCCUCCGGACAACUGACCCCGGCUCUCGGACUCUCGGGAACCGGGAAGAACAAGUCGGUCUAUUUCGUCAAGCGGUGUAAAACAGCACUGUCCGCUGAUAAAAUGAAAACACAGUUGUUUUGUGGAGACAUGUGCCACUCUCCUCUGGAGCAGUUCUCGGUGCUGGUGGAAAAGGUUGUGGAACCGGUGUUGUCCAAUACGAGGAACCACAGGAACUUUCCUAAUGUUGUUUCUCAAGACCUUAUGCGACACAUCCAUACGCUCAAAAACAAUGUGUUUGUUAUUGCUGGACAAGUUAAAGGUAAAACGCACCUUCCCGUGCCUCCAGGAUUUGAGCAGUUUGAGCCGGUUGCUCAAGAGGGAGAUAAAAGUGUGAAUCUUGUGGAUAAACGACUCAUUCAUUCGAUGGAGACUGUUGUGAUCGAAUGGAGUCAUCAGGUCUAUAAGGUCUUGAAGAAGGACUCAUCAGAGCCGUUACUUCAGGGCAAAAACCCCACUCCACAUGCAGAGAUAAAGUUUUGGAAAAGCAGGCUUGCUGAUCUUCAGGGAAUUCAUAAUCAGUUCCAGUCCCCUCGAGUUCUGAUGCUGGCUGAGCUCCUGGCUGCCGUCGAAAGCAGUUAUUAUCCUGCCUUUGCAAAAAUGCUCCGGGACAUUUCAGAAGCUCGGAAUGAGACAAGGGAUAUCAAUACCUUCCUCAAGCCAAUAGAGAAACUUGUAGAAGAUGUGGAGAAUGCAGACUUCAGCGAAGUGAAGGGGAAGAUUGCUCCUCUCAUGCACACUGUAUGUCUCGUAUGGGCAAACUCUAAAUACUACAACAGCCCAGCCCGAAUCAUAGUGCUGCUACAGGAGAUCUGCAACCUCCUCAUCCAGCAGGCCCGAAGUUUCCUGAACCCAGAGGACAUCCUGAAGGGUGAUGUGCUGGAGAGCCUGUCCCGAGUGCAGACAGCUAUAGAUGUGUUGACACACUUCAAGAGCACGUAUGAGGACAGAAGGGCCAAUCUGAGUCAGUACCAGAGGAACCAGAAUGAGGUGAAGCCUUGGGAUUUUUCACCCCUCCUGGUGUUUGUUGGACUGGAUCACUUCAUCAAGAGACUCAAAACAAUUGAAACUCUCCUGCUGACUGUAGUUGAUAUGAUGAAGCUGGAGAAGGUCGAGUUUGGAGGGAUUCUAGGAAAAUCUCUGAGCCAGCGAGUCCAGUUCUUACACGAAAACUUCUUGGAGACAUAUAAAAUAUUGUCAGAGAAGCCUUAUGACUGCCUUGAUGUUAGUAAUGUGGAGUUUGAAGCAGAUUUUGCACAGUUUCAGCUCAAGGUGGAGAAUACAGAGCGGCAGUUGAGUACAAUCUUUUGUCAUGCGUUUGAUGAUGCUGCUGGUCUGGAGCACGCUUUCAAGGUUUUGGACAUGUUUGGCAGACUGCUGGAGCGACCCCUCAUAGCAGCCGAUGCUCAUACUAGAUAUCGGAUGCUGAUCAAAAUGUUUGACAAGCAACUGGAAUGUUGCAAGAUGAUCUUCAAGCAGCAGAUGCAGACUGGAGAAACCCAAGGUUACUCUCCUGUCUCCAAGAACAUGCCUGUGGUUGCCGGAGGUUUGAAAUUUGUCCAGCAAUUGCAGGAAUGCAUACAGAUCCCUUACAAUAACUUCAGAUUCAGCAACCACCCAUGUAUGGAGUCUGCGGAUGGAAAGGAGAUGAUCCAGAAAUACGAUGAGUUGAUGCAACAACUCAAAGGAUACGCCUCUAAACUAUAUGACGUCUGGACGAAUUCUGUAGCUGAGAAGUCACAGUUUAAUCUCCAGAGGCCGCUGAUAUCCCGAGAACAGAGAACGAGACUCAUCUCUGUCAACUUCAGCCCGCAGCUGGUGUCGGUGCUGCGGGAGGUGAAGUACCUGGAGGCCAGACAGGCUGAAGUCAUUCCAGAUAUGGCUGCAGACAUUUAUUCCAACAGAGAGCUGCUGUGGCAGUAUGUGGCCAAUCUGGAGCUCACAACAAGCUGGUACAACAAGGUGAUGAACACCGUGCUCGAAGUGGAGAUGCCCCUGAUCCAAAGCCAGCUGACAGACAUUGACAUCAAACUCAAAGAAGCUGAGGAGAACCUCUGCUGGACAAGCCAAGGGAUUUGGGAAUACAUCCAAGAUGUCCGUGAGAAGGUACAUGACCUGGAGCAAUGCCUACAGAGGACUAAAAACAAUGUUGAGGAGAUCCAGACUAUCAUGAAGAGCUGGACAACCCCGGUCUUUGAGAGGAAGGAGGGGAAGAAAGAUACUCUCCUAAACCUGGAAGACAAGACAGAGCGCCUGGAGAGAACAUAUGGCCUGAUCCGAGAUUCAGGAACCAAAAUCCAUCUGUUGUUGAAAGACAAUAUGUCACUUUUCAAAGCAGAUCCGUCAUCUUCGCAGUGGAAGGUUUAUGUGGAUUACAUUGAUGAAAUGGUCGUCGAUGGUUUCUUCAACGCUAUCGAGAGCUCCCUCAAAUUCCUCUUGGAAAACACAGACCAGAAGGCUGGAUUAGCCCCACUCUUCGAGGUCCAGCUGCUUCUGCAGGUUCCUGAGAUUGUGUUUUAUCCAUCGCUGGAGUUCAGUGCUUCAGACGGCUUCCAUGAUCUGGUGGAGAGCCUCAUCAACAACAUCUUCAGGAUCUCUGCUCUUGUGCCACGAUUAUCUGAGCACAGCGGUUUCCCACACUAUCAGGCUGAUAUGGAGGACAUGGUGGAUUUUGCAGAGUGGAGGCAUCUUCUGAUGGAGCGUGUGAGGAAAGUGGUAGGGCAGUGCUGUGAGUAUCGUAACAGCUUGGAACGCUAUGCUUACCUCUACGUGGACGACCGGAAGGAGUUCAUGCGUCAGUUUCUUCUGUACGGUCACGUGCUCACGAGCGAAGAGAUAGAGGCACACGCCGAGCACGGCGUCCCAGAAACCCCUCCGACCCUGGAGUGCUUCCGUAAACAGGUGGAUUCGUACGAGACCUUAUAUGAGGAGGUGCAGCAUCUGGAGCCCGUCCAUGUGUUUGAGAGCUGGAUGAGGGUGGAUGCACGACCCCUCAAAAGUGCCUUGCUCAACGUCAUCAGAAAGUGGAGCUUCAUGUUCAAACAGCAUCUUAUUGAUCAUGUGACACACAGUCUGUCUGACCUGGAGGAGUUCAUCAAACUGACGGAGACUGGUCUUGGUAAGAAGGUGGAGGAGGGUGACUAUAACGGUCUGGUGGAGAUCAUGGGUUACCUUAUGGCUGUUAAAGAGCGUCAGAGCACUACAGAUGAGAUGUUUGAGCCCCUGCAGCACACUAUUGAUCUGCUGAAGACUUAUGAACAGGAACUCCCAGAGCUUGUGUACAAACAGCUAGAGUCGCUGCCAGAGAAGUGGAAUAACAUGAAGAAGCAGGCGGUGUUGGUGAAGCAGCACGUUGCUCCCCUGCAGGCUGGCGAGGUGGCUAACCUGCGCAGGAAAUGUGCUGCAUUCGAUGUGGAGCAGCACACUUUCAGAGAGCAGUUCCGCAAGAGAGACUUUUUCAGGUUUGACUGUGUGAACCCACAUGAGAUGUUAGAUGAAGCACACAGCCAAAUUCAGAAGAUGGAGACCAUUAUGGCCGGGCUCAUUGUGUCUGCCAAUCUCUUUGAAGUCAACAUAUCAGACUACAGACAGCUGAAGCAGAGUCGCAAAGAGCUGCCCAUUCUCAAGGAGUUGUGGGAUCUGGUCUUGGUGGUCCAGUCCUGUUUGGAGGCCUGGCAAACUACCCCCUGGAGACAGAUCAACGUGGACGACAUGGAGAUGGAGUGCAAGCGCUUCUCUAAGGAUCUCCGCUCGCUGGACAAAGAGGCUCGCUCGUGGGACGCCUUCAGCGGGCUGGACGGUACUGUGAAGAACACACUGGUCUCGCUGAGAGCCGUAGCCGAGCUUCAGAACCCGGCCAUCCGUCCACGUCACUGGCAGCAGCUGAUGAACGCCACCGGAGUGCGCUUCACCAUGGACAAGGACACCACGCUGGCCGACCUGCUUCGCCUCAACCUGCACCAUUUUGAAGAUGACGUGAGGAGCAUCGUGGAUCGCGCUGUGAAGGAGAUGGGCAUGGAGAAGGUGCUCAACGAGCUGGACGCCACCUGGACCAGCAUGGUGUUCGAUUUUGAGCCUCAUUCACGGACUAACAUUCCUCUGUUGAAGUCCAGCGAGGAACUGAUUGAAACGCUGGAGGACAACCAGGUACAGCUGCAGAACCUGAUGACGUCGAAGUACAUCUCCUUCUUCCUGGAGGAGGUCCGCGUGGCAGCGAAGCUCUCGGUGACGGACUCCGUGAUUGCCAUCUGGUUUGAGGUUCAGAGGACGUGGAGUCACCUGGAGAGCAUCUUUAUCGGUUCUGACGACAUUCGCUCUCAGCUACCAGAGGACUCCAAGCGCUUCGAUGGUAUUGAUACUGAUUUCAAAGAGCUGACACACGACGCCAGUAAAACACCUAACGUUGUGGAGGCCACCAAUAAACCUGGGCUCUACAAGAAACUGGAGGACAUUCAGGGAAGAUUGUCUCUUUGUGAAAAAGCCCUGGCUGAGUAUCUGGACACCAAGCGAUUGGCCUUCCCACGCUUCUACUUCAUCUCCUCCGCUGAUCUGCUGGACAUCCUGUCCAGUGGCACUGACCCUCACCAGGUUCAGAAGCAUCUGUCAAAGUUGUUUGACAAUAUGGCGAAGCUGAAGUUUGAAACGGACGCAGGCGGAAAGCCCACCAAGACGGGGCUCGGUAUGUUCAGUAAGGAGGACGAGUAUGUUCAGUUCAACGAGCCCUGCGACUGCACUGGCCAGGUGGAAGCGUGGCUGAACCGCGUUCUGGACAGCAUGAGGGCCACCGUGCGUCAUGAGAUGACCGAAGCCGUCGCCUCCUAUGAGGAGAAGCCCAGGGAGCAGUGGCUGUUCGACUAUCCCGCUCAGGUGGCGCUCACCUGUACUCAGAUCUGGUGGACGACCGAUGUAGGAAUGGCGUUCUUCAGACUGGAGGAGGGAUAUGAGAACGCAAUGAAGGAUUACUAUAAAAAGCAAGUGAGUCAGUUGAACACCCUCAUCACCAUGCUGAUCGGCCAGCUCACUCCUGGAGACCGGCAGAAAGUCAUGACCAUCUGUACUAUUGACGUCCACGCCAGGGAUGUUGUGGACAAGAUCAUUCAGCAGAAGGUGGAGAACUCUCAGGCCUUUCUCUGGCUGUCCCAACUGCGUCACCGCUGGGGCGAGAGAGAAAAGCACUGCUUCGCCAACAUCUGUGACGCCCAGUUCCUCUAUUCAUACGAGUAUCUGGGCAACACUCCACGAUUAGUCAUCACGCCACUCACAGACAGAUGUUACAUCACUCUGACGCAGUCGCUGCAUCUCAUUAUGAGCGGAGCCCCAGCCGGUCCGGCCGGCACUGGGAAGACCGAGACCACCAAGGACCUGGGCCGAGCCCUCGGCAUCAUGGUCUACGUCUUUAACUGCUCUGAGCAGAUGGACUACAAGUCAUGUGGCAACAUCUACAAAGGCCUGGCGCAGACCGGAGCCUGGGGCUGCUUUGAUGAGUUCAACAGGAUCUCGGUGGAGGUGCUUUCGGUGGUGGCGGUGCAGGUCAAAAGUAUUCAAGAUGCCAUUCGAGACAAAAAGAAGAGGUUUAACUUCAUGGGUGAGGAUGUGAACCUGGUGCCUUCGGUGGGCAUCUUUAUCACCAUGAACCCGGGCUACGCUGGCAGAACAGAGUUGCCAGAAAACCUCAAGGCUCUCUUCAGGCCGUGUGCGAUGGUGGUGCCAGACUUCGAACUCAUCUGUGAGAUCAUGCUUGUGGCCGAGGGUUUCCUUGAGGCUCGACUUCUGGCCAGAAAGUUCAUCACUCUCUAUCAGCUGUGCAAGGAGCUGCUCUCCAAACAGGAUCACUAUGACUGGGGCCUGCGGGCCAUUAAGUCAGUGCUGGUUGUGGCUGGUUCACUGAAAAGAGGAGAUCCGGGCAGAGCAGAGGAUCAGGUGUUGAUGAGAGCGCUGAGAGACUUUAACGUCCCUAAGAUUGUAACUGACGACAUGCCUGUGUUCAUGGGCCUGAUCGGCGACCUGUUCCCAGCACUUGACGUGCCUCGCAAACGGGACAUGGACUUUGAGAAAUUCGUCAAGCAGUCUGUGCUGGAUCUCAAGCUGCAGGCCGAGGACAACUUUGUGUUAAAGGUGGUCCAGCUGGAGGAGCUGCUGGCCGUCCGUCACUCCGUGUUUGUGGUGGGGAACGCCGGGACCGGCAAAUCCCAGGUCCUCAAGUCUCUCCACAAGACGUAUCAGAAUAUGAAGCGAAGGGCCGUGUGGGCCGACCUCAACCCCAAAGCAGUCACCAACGACGAGCUGUUCGGCAUUAUAAACCCGGCCACGCGCGAGUGGAAGGACGGCCUGUUUUCUAAUAUCAUGCGUGAGCUGGCCAACAUCAGUCACGCCGGGCCCAAGUGGAUUGUCCUGGAUGGUGAUAUCGAUCCGAUGUGGAUUGAGUCGCUGAACACAGUAAUGGAUGAUAACAAGGUGCUGACGCUGGCCAGUAAUGAGAGGAUUCCUCUGAACCCGAGCAUGAGGCUGGUGUUUGAGAUCAGUCAUCUCCGCACUGCCACUCCAGCCACCGUCUCCAGAGCUGGUAUUUUGUACAUCAACCCUGCGGAUUUGGGCUGGAAUCCUCCCGUGUCCAGCUGGAUUGAUGGGAGGGAAGUCCAGUCAGAGAAGGCCAAUCUGACCAUUCUGUUUGACAAGUACCUCCCUUCAUGCCUCGACACGCUCAGGUCAAGAUUUAAGAAGAUCAUCCCGGUUCCUGAGCAGAGUAUGGUCCAGAUGCUCUGCUUCCUCCUGGAGUGUCUCCUGAUCCCCGAACACACUCCUCCAGAUAGCCAUAAGGAUCUCUACGAGCUUUACUUCGUCUUUGCAGCCGUCUGGGCCUUUGGAGGAACCAUGUUUCAGGAUCAGCUGGUGGAUUACAGGGUGGAGUUCAGUAAGUGGUGGCUGACAGAGUUCAAAAGCGUGAAGUUUCCGGCUCAAGGAACAGUAUUCGAUUACUACAUUGAUCCCGAGAGCAAAAAAUUUGAGCCCUGGUCAAAAAUGGUUCCCAAAUUUGUGAUGGAUCCUGACAUCCCUCUUCAGGCCUGCCUGGUCCACACCACUGAGACCAUCCGUGUGCGCUACUUCAUGGACCGUCUGUUGGAAAGGAGGCGUCCGGUCAUGCUGGUGGGCAACGCCGGCACCGGAAAGUCUGUUCUGGUGGGAGACAAACUAGGAUCUUUAGACCCGGAGAAAUAUGUCAUCAAAAACGUACCCUUCAACUAUUACACCACGUCAGCCAUGUUACAGGCUGUUUUAGAGAAACCCUUGGAGAAGAAGGCAGGAAGGAACUACGGGCCACCGGGCAGCAAGCGCCUCAUCUACUUCAUCGAUGACAUGAACAUGCCGGAGGUGGACGCCUACGGGACGGUGCAGCCGCACACACUGAUCCGCCAGCACAUGGACUACAGCCACUGGUACGACAGGAGCAAGCUGCAGCUGAAGGAGAUUCACAAUGUGCAGUACGUGUCCUGCAUGAACCCGACGGCCGGCAGCUUCACCAUCAACCCUCGCCUGCAGAGGCAUUUCUCUGUGUUUGCGCUGUCGUUUCCCGGCGUGGAGGCUCUGAACACCAUCUACUGCAGCAUCUUGAGUCAGCAUCUGCACGGCGAAGGAUUCCCAGCCGUUCUGCAGAAGAGCUGCUCUCAGCUGGUCCAGCUGGCCCUGGCCGUCCAUCAGCGCAUCACCACGACCUUUCUGCCCACCGCCAUCAAGUUCCACUACAUCUUCAACCUGCGCGACCUCUCAAGCAUAUUCCAGGGCAUCCUGUUCUGCACCAGCGAGUGUCUGAAGACUCCUCAGGACCUCGUGAAGAUCUACCUUCACGAGUCCAACCGGGUUUACCGUGACAAGAUGGUGGAAGAGAAAGAUUUCGACAUCUUUGACAAACUGCAGUCAGAAACGGUGAAAAAGUUCUACGAGGAUAUGGAGGAGACCCUAGAGGAGACCAGGGCCAUGAAUAUGUACUGCCAUUUCGCCACGGGCAUCGGUGAACCCAAAUACAUGGCGGUUCAGUCCUGGGGGAGCCUGAACAAGACCCUGCUGGAAGCUCUUGACAGCUACAACGAAGUCAAUGCAGCUCUAAACCUUGUUCUCUUCGAGGAUGCCAUGUCUCAUAUCUGCCGUAUCAAUCGGAUCCUGGAGUGUCCACGGGGAAAUGCUCUGCUGGUCGGGGUGGGCGGCAGCGGGAAGCAGAGCCUGACCAGGCUGGCGGCGUUCAUCAGCUCCCUGGAGGUCUUUCAGAUCACGCUGAAGAAAGGAUACGGCAUCCCUGAUCUCAAGAGCGAUCUGGGCGCGUUGUACAUUAAAGCUGGCGUGAAGAAUAUUGGCACGGUGCUCCUCAUGACAGAUGCCCAGGUCGCAGAUGAGAAGUUCCUCGUGUUGGUGAACGACCUUUUAGCAUCUGGUGAAAUCCCAGACCUCUUCCCUGAUGAUGAGGUGGAGAACAUCAUUGGUUCUUUAAGGAAUGAAGUUCGUGGCCAGGGUCUGAUGGACACUAGGGAAAACUGCUGGAAGUUCUUCAUCGACCGUGUCCGUAGGCAACUCAAAGUGGCGCUAUGUUUUUCUCCGGUGGGCAGCAAGCUGAGGGUGCGCAGCAGGAAGUUUCCUGCAGUGGUCAACUGCACCGCCAUCGAUUGGUUCCACGAGUGGCCACAGGAGGCGCUAGAGUCGGUCAGCCUGAGAUUCCUGCAAGAUAUAGAGCACAUCCAGCCAGAGGUGAAGGACUCUGUGAGUAAAUUCAUGGCCUACGUACACAUUAGCGUGAACAAGACCUCAAAAGACUACCUGGCCAACGAGCGACGAUACAACUACACCACGCCCAAGUCCUUCUUAGAGCAGAUCAAGCUGUACGGGAACCUGUUGGCGCUCAAGAAGAAAGACCUGACCUCCAAGAUGGAGCGACUGGAAAAUGGCUUGGAGAAACUCAACAGUACGACGGCUCAGGUGGAUGAUCUGAAGGCCAAGCUUGCGGCACAGGAAGUGGAGUUAAAGCUGAAGAACGAGAGUGCAGAUAAACUGAUCCAGGUUGUGGGUGUGGAGACGGAGAAGGUGGCACGGGAGAAGGCGGUGGCUGAUGAAGAGGAGCAGAAGGUGGCCUGCAUCGCUGAGGAGGUGACUCGCAAACAGAGAGACUGUGAGGAGGACCUGGCUAAAGCAGAACCUGCGCUAAUAGCGGCACAAGAGGCUCUAAACACUCUCAACAAGAACAAUCUGACCGAGUUGAAGUCUUUCGGCUCUCCUGUAGUAGCCGUUACAAACGUCACGGCUGCUGUGAUGGUCCUCUCGGCCCCUGGCGGGCGCGUUCCCAAGGACCGUAGCUGGAAGGCCGCUAAAGUCAUGAUGGCUAAGGUGGAUGCCUUCCUCGACGCCUUGAUCAAUUUCAAAAAGGAAAAUAUCCACGAGAACUGUCUCAAAGCCAUCCAGCCGUACCUAGAAGACCCAGACUUCAGGCCUGAGCUGGUAGCAGCCAAAUCCAACGCGGCCGCCGGCCUCUGCUCCUGGGUGAUCAACAUUGUGAAGUUUUAUGAGGUUUACUGCGAGGUUGAGCCUAAGAGACAGGCCCUGAGCAAAGCCAAUGCUGAACUCGCUGCUGCGCAGGAGAAACUCUCCAUCAUCAAGGCAAAAAUAAAUCAACUUAAUGAGAACUUGGCGAAGCUGACAGCAAAGUUUGAGAAAGCCACGGCAGACAAGCUGCGGUGCCAACAGGAGGCUGAGACCACGGCGCGCACCAUCGCUCUCGCCAACCGCCUGGUUGGAGGUCUGGCGUCGGAAAACGUGCGCUGGGCCGAGGCGGUAAAGAGCUUCAGGCAUCAGGAAAGCACUCUGUGUGGAGACGUGCUCCUCAUCACGGCCUUCAUCUCCUAUCUGGGCUAUUUCACCAAACGUUACCGCCUGGAGCUGAUGGACAACAGCUGGAGGCCGUACCUGAGUCAGCUCAAAGUGCCGAUCCCUGUGACUCCGGGUCUGGACCCGCUGACCAUGCUCACGGACGACGCUGACAUCGCAGCCUGGCAGAACGAGGGUCUGCCGGCUGACCGGAUGUCAACUGAAAACGCCACCAUCCUCACCAGCUGCGAACGAUGGCCGCUCAUGGUGGAUCCGCAACUGCAGGGAAUCAAAUGGAUCAAAAACAAAUACGGAGAAGAGCUGCGGAUCAUUAGGAUUGGGCAGAGAGGAUAUUUGGACUCCAUUGAGAGAGCGUUAUCUGUAGGUGAAAUCGUCCUCAUUGAGAAUUUGGAGGAGGCGGUGGAUCCAGUGCUCGGUCCGCUACUCGGACGUGAAACCAUAAAGAAAGGACGCUACAUAAAGAUCGGCGAUAAGGAGUGCGAGUACAACCCCAGUUUCCGUUUGAUCCUUCACACCAAGUUGGCAAACCCUCACUACCAGCCAGAACUCCAGGCUCAGUGUACGCUGGUCAACUUCACGGUGACACGGGACGGGCUGGAGGACCAGCUGCUGGCGGCCGUGGUCAGCAUGGAGAGACCCGACCUGGAGGAGCUGAAGUCGAACCUCACAAAGCAGCAGAACGGCUUCAAAAUCACUUUGAAAACUCUGGAGGACAACCUGCUCUCACGGCUCUCCUCCGCGUCCGGAAACUUUUUGGGAGACAUCGAAUUGGUAGAGAACCUGGAGAUAACCAAACGAACAGCGGCUGAGAUUGAAGUCAAGGUUAAAGAGGCUAAGGUGACGGAGGCUGAGAUCAAUGAUGCACGAGAACACUACCGUCCGGCGGCGGCCCGCGGCUCGCUCUUAUACUUCAUCAUGAACGACCUCAAUAAAAUCCAUCCUAUGUACCAGUUCUCUCUCAAGGCCUUCAACGUUGUGUUUCAAAAUGCCGUACUGAAAGCUGACCCGGACGAGACCUUGAAACAACGUGUCUUAAAUCUGAUCGACAGCAUCACGUCGUUGGUGUUCCAGUACACCACCCGCGGGCUCUUCGAGUGUGACAAACUCACCUACACCGCCCAGCUGGCCUUCCAGGUCCUGCUCAUGAAUAAAGAGAUCAAUCCCCGGGAGCUGGACUUCCUGCUGCGCUACCCGGUGCAGCCGGGCGUGACGUCACCCGUCGACUUCCUGUCCAACCACUCCUGGGGAGGAAUUAAAGCUCUCAGUACAAUGGAGGAGUUUCAUAACCUGGACCGUGACAUUGAAGGAUCGGCUAAACGCUGGAAGAAGUUUUCAGAGUCUGAAUGUCCAGAGAAAGAGAAGUUCCCUCAGGAGUGGAAGAAUAAGACAUCGCUGCAGAGGUUGUGCAUGAUGAGAGCACUGCGGCCCGACAGAAUGACCUACGCUGUCAGGGAUUUUGUGGAGGAGAAACUCGGCAGCAAAUACGUGAUGGGGCGCUCACUGGACUUUGCUGUGUCAUAUGAGGAGUCAGGAGCCGCCACACCCAUGUUCUUUAUCCUGUCCCCUGGAGUCGACCCACUGAAGGACGUGGAGAAACACGGACGAAAACUGGGAUACACGUUCGACAACAGAAAUUUCCACAACGUUUCUCUGGGCCAGGGGCAGGAGGUGGUAGCAGAGCAGGCUCUGGAUCUGGCUGCGAAAGAGGGGCACUGGGUCAUUUUACAGAAUAUCCACUUGGUGGCUAAAUGGCUGGGAACGCUGGAGAAGAAGCUAGAGCAGCAUGCAGAGGGAAGCCACCAGAACUUCAGGGUGUUCAUCAGUGCCGAGCCGUCCUCCUCGCCUGACGGCCAUAUUAUCCCACAGGGCAUCCUGGAGAACUCCAUCAAGAUCACCAAUGAGCCGCCCAUGGGCAUGCAUGCCAACCUGCACAAAGCUCUGGACAACUUCAACCAGGAUACUCUGGAGAUGUGCGCCCGCGAGAACGAGUUCAAAAGCAUCCUCUUCGCACUGUGUUACUUCCACGCGGUGGUGGCGGAGCGAAGGAAGUUCGGCCCUCAGGGCUGGAACCGGAGUUACCCGUUCAACACCGGAGACCUGACCAUCUCCGUCAACGUGCUCUACAACUAUCUGGAGGCCAACACCAAGGUGCCCUAUGAUGACCUACGCUAUCUCUUUGGUGAGAUCAUGUAUGGAGGUCACAUCACUGAUGACUGGGACCGCAGGCUGUGCCGCACGUAUCUGGAGGAGUUCAUCAAGCCAGAGAUGAUGGAGGGAGAGCUGUAUCUGGCGCCUGGCUUCCGUCUGCCGGGAAACAUGGAUUACAAUGGGUAUCAUCAGUACAUCGAUGGAGCUCUUCCCCCCGAGUCCCCGUACUUAUACGGCCUGCACCCGAACGCAGAGAUCGGUUUCCUCACUCAGACGUCCGAGAAGCUCUUCCGCACCGUGCUGGAAAUGCAGCCCAGAGACGGAGGAUCGGGAGAGGGAACGGCCGGAACACGUGACGAGAAGGUGAAAGCAGCUCUGGAUGAGAUCCUUGAGAAGCUUCCGGAGGAGUUCAAUAUGACGGAGAUGAUGGGGAAGGUGGAGGAAAGGACGCCAUAUAUAGUUGUGGCGUUCCAGGAGUGUGAGCGAAUGAAUUUCCUGACACAAGAAAUCAAACGCUCUCUAAAAGAGCUCAAUCUAGGCCUGAAGGGCGAGCUCACAAUGACCACCGACAUGGAGAAUCUCCAGAACGCCAUCUACCUGGACCAGGUGCCCGAGUCCUGGACCAAACGCGCCUAUCCGUCUAUAUCCGGACUGGCUAUCUGGUUCACGGACCUCCUGAACCGCAUCAAGGAGCUGGAGAUCUGGACGUCUGACUUCUCCCUGCCCUCAGUGGUGUGGCUGGCCGGCUUCUUCAACCCGCAGUCCUUCCUGACGGCCAUCAUGCAGUCCAUGGCUCGCCGCAACGAGUGGCCUCUGGACAAGAUGAGCCUGCAGUGCGAUGUGACCAAGAAGAACCGCGAGGACUUCAGCUCGCCGCCACGAGAAGGAGCCUACAUCCAUGGCCUGUUCAUGGAGGGCGCCCGAUGGGACACUCAGGCUGGCAUAAUGGUGGAUGCCCGUCUAAAAGAGCUCACACCCACAAUGCCGGUAAUUUUCAUCAAAGCCAUUCCUGUGGACAAACAAGAGACCCGCAGCCUGUAUCAAUGUCCUGUCUAUAAGACCCGACAGCGUGGGCCCACGUACGUCUGGACCUUCAACCUGAAGACCAAAGAGAAUCCGUCCAAAUGGACCCUCGCUGGAGUCGCUCUGCUGCUUCAGAUAUAAACUACCUGCUCGCAUUCACCUAUGACUUAUAAUAACAACAGAACGCGUGACUUCAUGACACAGCACCUUUUUUUAGAACGUAGUAUUUUCAUAUUUUUUGUGUGCCGUUAGGAAAAGGCAAGUUCCAGUGCAAACGUACAAACACGACGUGCCAUGCAGUUAAAUUAAAAGCACUUUGAUGAACCGGUUUCAUAUUUGUUCUGUGUGUUUUUCUUUCACAGAUUUGUGUGACUCUGCUCUACGUCUGUUCUCUCGAGUUUAAAACAGGAAGCCUACAAUUCUCAGUUCUAUCACAUUCGAACAUCUCACCCUGAGAAACCGUGGCGUCGGUCUGAAGAAAGUGCAACACCUCAGUGAAUCCGCCGCCGCGGCAGCGAUGAGCCUCCAGGGUCACUUAUAUCUGUUAUUGAGAAAACUUAACAACACGUACAGACACUGAGCUAUGAAACGGGGCCACGGGGAAACAGAAUAUGUGGAGAAAAGCAAUAAAUCCAUCCAGAAUCCAAUUACAAAGCACCGGGAAACGGAGCUUCAUGUGACACACAGCUUCUGCCGUGCUCUUUAUAUUCAUUUCUCUCAUGUCCUGGCAUAAGGGAUAGGAGACAAACGCGUUAAAGAAAUAAAUAUGAAACCGACACGAAAUGUAAGGGAACCUUCUUUAUUUGUUUGUGUUCACAUCGGUUAAAUAUGAUUAAUGUGCUGCUUGUUUAUUCCUUCCAGCGUGGCAGUAAAGAGUGCACUUUGUUCUCUGAAUUUUACAUUUGCAUUUUUUGAAGCGAAUAUCAGCGCUUGUAAGGCAUCAAAAGAGACGCGGGGAGUUUAAGGUGAGGUUUCAGGCUUUGGUUCAGCAUCAAUGAAACGCUGCUUCAGAGAAGCUUUACAUGUGUCAGGAGUUAGAGAGACGAUGAUUUCCGUGAACGCUUGAAUAUACUUGGAUUUCGCGACAAAUUGGUCAUAAAAUUUGAUCUGAUUUUCAGAUAAAUCGCAGCAACCAAACGUUUGCGAGUAUUGUUUGAGCGCGCCAUGAGAAACAGAAUGUGAAUCCUGAGGCGAAUGACUUCAAAACAGUCCAAUCAAAGAGAUGCUGUUAACAAAUGUUAAUGUGAAUCAUGCCUCAAACAAAAGACAUUUACAUUUGGACGUUUCAAAUAGGCUUUCAUUGAAAGAGCUUGCGGUGCACAUUUGAAUCUUUCUUUUCUCCCUUUACAACGGAAGAUCACUUAAGCUUAAUGUUGACUUGCAUAACGACGGAAAGUGUUACCUGUGCCAUCCUUGAUAUUUAGAUUGGAUUGCUUUUAAUCUCGUUGUCAAUGAUUUGGGCAACAUGGGGGAUAAUGUACAGCGAUCAGUCCAGCAGCUGAAGCAAUGAGGGAACAGCGGCUCAAUCCUGACCUGUUCACACCAAACAUGUGAACGUUUCAGAGUUUUAAACCGGUUUGUAAAGAGAAAUGCUGCAAAAUCCCUUCCGAAUGUGUGCGGGCCUGAUCCAGCAUUACAUCAUGUUUGGCGGAGGUUAUUGCUGCCAAAAGAAGGAUCAGUCUGUUAUUAAAUUAAAGUUAUUAAGGAUUCACUCUUUUUUUACCGCCCUGAGCUAUGACGUUUCCUCUGUGUGUACAAAACCGUCCUGGCAACAGCAUUUUUUGUGUAUGUUUGUUGAUGGUUGUGACCGAGCUGAAGAUAAGAAUCAUUAGGACUAAGAAUGUUUUCUGGUUUAUUUCGAAGCCAUUAAAGAAGAAAAUCUGGUUUUCUCCUCAGAUUGCUUUUGUAUUGAUUGUGGAUAUCAGCCGAGGAGAUCGGACUGAAGGCUGCGAUGCUUCAGACAUGCAGGGGGUUUUGUGUCACAGACAUUGGCAGCGGUCCAUGAUUAAAUGAAAGCUAAAUUGGUGAAAGCAAUUAAUCAAGUUGGUCAUGAUACAGCUGAUUAUACAGUGUCAGGACUGCUGUCAAAUCAAUGGUAAAGAGUUCAGUAGGGAAUGGCAGUUUCUAUCCUUUAUUAUCUUAAGAAACUUUGCUUCUUGCAGUUUUUUCAAAAGCAGCCAAAUUAUGGCAUUUGCUUUAUGACGUAGGAUACUUAAAAGGUUUUCCGAGAUCCAAAACACUAGUAGUAAUAAUAAUGAUACAAAAGUCUUAUUAUAGUUAGUGUUUCAGUAAUUGAAAAUGCAUUCAUUCUUUUGAGACUAUAUUUAUAUUUGCACACCAACAAAUGAGAUUUGAGGCCUGUGGCAAAGGACAGAGCGUUCAGUGUGAUUACCAUGGCUUCAGUAAAUUUAGAAAAUGCAGUCUUAUGGGCUGAAUUUAAAUGGAUAGUUCAUCCAAAAAUAAAAAGGACCCCUUGAUUUAUUCACCCUCAAGCUAUCCUAGGUGUAUAUGACUUUCCUCAUUUAGACAAAUAUAAUCAAGAGUUAUGUCCUGGCUCUUCCAAGCUUUAUAACGUCAGUAAAUGGUGGUUUUGAACCAAAAUAAGAUGCAUGCAUCCAUGCAUGUUCGAGAUUUUAAAGCUCAGAAUACAUCUGAAAGAUGUAUCUGAAGUCAUAUACACCCCUGAUGGCUUGAGGGUGAGUAAAUCAUGGGGUAAUUUGAACUAUCCCUUUAAGGUUGUUUCUGGAUCUUUUAGAGCUGGGGCCAGAUGAAGAACUUAGUCUCAGUGUUUUAAGAACUAGCCCGGCCAACUAGCAGUUACUAAGAGGUAAAGAGUUGGUCACGCUUCCACCUGAGACAUUCUACUAACUAUACUUAACUUUUUUAAGAGUCUGCUUGUAAGCAUCUGCAUCUGGAUGUGAACGCAGCUGUCCCGUCCCAUUCCUCCCCACAGCCACGGUCACCAUUCACACCUGACAAUUCAUAUUUCACAUCACAGAAGGGGAUGUUUGCGCCACUGGGUACAUGCGGUGGGCAAAGUGUCAGGCUACAGCAGAAAUCUAUCAAAGACUCCUGCUCAGAAUGUAAAGGAGGAAGCUUUAAUCAUUUCCAUGGGAAAUGCUGGUUGCUAGGCUACAGGUCAGUCUUGAGAAAUGACUUAGGAGAGAGCCGGCGAUGGCGCAGUAUAUGUAAUAUUAAAGCAGGCUGUAUGCUAAUUUGCAGAGAAUCGCAGCAUUUCUUCACUUUGGCUUUCUGAAAUAUGGUAAUUUAAGACAAGAGCAAACUGUAAACUUAAUGGAAGCGCUCGGAGCCACUUCUUUUUCUUUAAAAGCUUUUGAAAUGCACCGUUGCCUGUAUUAUUCACAAGUACCGUGCGGAAUAUGAAGAUUUAUGUGGCGUAUUCAAGCCUUAUGAGAGUCCUUAAGAGAAUGAUGGAAAGUAUUUUCAGUUUAUUGUGCAGGCACAAAGGCUAAACUGUCAGUUUUCAAUACAAAAAUGCCUUUUUCAGAAGUAUGUUCUCAACUACUGUGGUUAAAAAUCUGUCUCUCGUCUCUGCGCUCGGCCGUUCUGACAGACAGAUGGUAAAUAAUUAACGAAUUACGUUCCAAAUUCGUACAGGGAGAGCCUGUCUUAUACCUCACCCUGACCGGGAUAAAAAUUUUAGUACGAAACAUUGCGUUUUGGCUGAACAAGACAUUGCUCUCAGAAGUGGAGACCUAGAGAGCUUUUCAUUAUUUUAUAUGGGACCGAUGUUUUAGUCAGCAGCCAUUUGCACAGUGGAAGCUUUCGCCCGCCUCGUGCUUCUGCUUUUACGUCAACCAAUCUGCUACACGGACUCCAUUUAAGUGUCAUAUUUUCAUCUAAAUGCUGAUAGGGAAGACGUGGUUUGGUAGAAACCGAGAUACGAAGCCGUCUCACUCCUAAAGCUUUCGCAAACAAGAAAUGUAAAUGCAAAAGGCUUUGUUUGUGUGUGAGAAUUACAUUUUCACCCCUGAAGUUCAAUGAAUUUAAAGGAGGUUUCAGCUGCUCCGGCUGGUACGGGAGCAGCGGGUAUUAAUUCACAUGUCCAAAAAAUAAAUAAAAUAACCCAAUAUAUCACCUAGUUGCAGAAGCAUAUUUGGUCGGUUAGUUUUCAGACACAUUGGUUUUUUCUGGCUCUGCGUGAGCGCUCUACAGGGAAGACGUGGUGAUUUGCCGUGCCGCUCUGAUUUCUGGGUGUAAUGUAAUUGCAUUUCUUUUCCUCUCAGACUGUUUUAGACAAGUGUUCCUGAAGUUAAACUGUAACAUGACUUAUAAAUAUUGCAAAAUCCAUUUAAAAAAGAAUAUACGCUUUCCUGAAACUUUCCAUCAAGGUUGUCUGUAGCAAAACCCCAUAGAGAAAGCUGGUGAACUCUAAGGUUAAAGGGCCAUUCUCCUAACAUUGAAUGUUCUGUGAUCAUCUGACGUUCCAAACAUGUGUGACUUCAUCUGUGUUUCAAAGGCUCCUCUGCAAUCUGCAACUCACAUUUGCUGGUUGAAAAUUUUGUUUUUCCCCUGAACAUUUUGUUUGUUCACAAUUCGGACAUUGGCUUCUUCUCUCAUUAACUAUAAUGAGCGUGUUCCUUAAAUCACACGAAUAGUGUGGAAUAUUGCAUAAGAGUCAAUUAUUGGCUUGAGAUGAGAUUCUAAUGAUGCUUGUUAGUAAAUUUCUCGUCAUUUACUUUCAUGAAAUGUAGCCUGAUUGUUCUUUUUUUUCCACAGAAGAAAUGUUAUACAGGCUUUAUUCAAGGUUGUAUUCAGUAAAACAGGUUGCAGUAUUCCCGGGUUCAGGGGCCCCGUUUAUAAAAUGUGCACAGAUCUGAUCUUAUGCUAAAAAUCCUCGUUAACGUUCAGAUUUAGAAGCGUGACAUGGUAAAGAUAUGCAAACUUUUCCGUGUGUCAGAAUGUGUUUUACUCAAGAUGUUUUCAAAGGAAAUGCCAAAGAUGAUCAUAACCGAUGCUCAUCACAUAUGCAGAGUGAUGUCCAAAAAGAUUUUUUCUUGCUUACAUUUGGAUAUUAAAAUUUAACAAAAUGGCAACCAUAAAAACAACUAGCAAGGUCAGUUGAUUUUAAAAAUCCAUGGAAACUGGCAUCAGUUCAUUGUUAGGUAUAUAUAUACCUUAUUGUAUUUUGGUGUGAACUAACCCUUUAAAUUUUUUUUUC